CGCUCCGUCGCCAUAGCGAUUGCCCUUGGCAACUGCGAAGCUCUGCCUUGAGGCGGGCGGGCUCCGGGUUUGAGCCGAGCUCCGCUUCUUCCCUUCACUUCCCUCCGGUCUGGUUUCUUCUUCCUUCCUUCUUUCCCGUCCCUCCUCCUCUACGCCCGUCCCCCUCGCCCCCAUCAUGGCGAGCGGGACCGAGGACGUUCGGAAGCUCUUCAUCUUCACUACUACCCAGAAUUACUUCGGGUUGACGUCGGAACCCUGGGACCAGCCACUGCUGUACAACUGCCCUGAAAUCAACAACUUCUUGGACGACGGCAACCAGAUGCUCCUCAGGGUGCAGCGAUCCGACGCCGGAAUCUCCUUUACCAACACGAUUGAAUUUGGUGACACAAAAGAUAAAGUGUUGGUGUUUUUCAAGCUGCGACCUGAAGUAAUUACUGACGAGAAUCUACAUAAUAAUAUUCUUGUUUCAUCUAUGUUAGAGUCACCUAUUAAUUCCCUUUACCAAGCAGUACGACAAGUAUUUGCACCAAUGUUGUUAAAGGAUCAGGAAUGGAGCAGAAACUUUGAUCCCAAACUUCAGAACCUUUUGAGUGAACUAGAAGCUGGCUUGGGUAUAGUUCUACGAAGAUCAGACACUAACUUAUCCAAGUUGAAAUUUAAGGAAGAUGACACACGAGGUAUUCUUACCCCAAGUGAUGAGUUCCAGUUUUGGAUAGAACAAGCUCAUCGUGGAAAUAAACAGAUUAGUAAAGAAAGAGCCAGCUAUUUUAAAGAAUUGUUUGAAACAAUUGCAAGAGAGUUUUAUAACUUGGACAGUCUAUCCUUAUUGGAAGUUGUGGACUUGGUGGAGACUACUCGGGAUGUUGUAGAUGAUGUGUGGAGACAAACAGAACAUGAUCCUUAUCCUGAGUCACGAAUGCUACAUCUCUUAGAUAUCAUAGGUGGUUCAUUUGGAAGAUUUGUUCAGAAAAAGUUGGGAACUUUGAACCUAUGGGAAGAUCCUUAUUAUCUUGUGAAGGAAAAUCUGAAAGCUGGUGUUUCAAUUUGUGAACAAUGGGUGAUAGUGUGUAGUCAUCUAACAGGUCAGGUGUGGCAGCGAUAUGUUCCUCAUCCGUGGAAAAAUGAAAAAUAUUGCCCAGAAACACUUGACAAACUUGGCAAACGCCUCGAAGAGGUCUUGGCUAUUAGAACAAUUCAUGAGAAGCUUCUCUAUUUUUUACCUGCUGGUGAAGAGAAAAUCAUAUGCCUGGCUCGAGUAUUUGAACCUUUUACUGGCCUGAAUCCUGUGCAAUAUAAUCCCUAUACUGAGCCUUUGUGGAAAGCUGCGGUGUCUCAGUAUGAGAAAAUUAUUGCACCUGCGGAACAGAAAAUAGCAGGAAGAUUGAAAAAUUAUAUUUCAGAAAUUCAAGACAGUCCACAGCAGCUUCUUCAAGCAUUUCUGAAGUAUAAAGAAUUGGUGAAGCGUCCAACUAUAAGCAAAGAAUUGAUGUUGGAAAGAGAAACUUUAUUGGCAAGACUUACAGACUCAGUUAAAGAUUUUCGAUUAGACUUUGAGAACCGGUGCCGAGGAACUCCUGGUGAUCCAUCUGGACCGCUUUCUGGCAAAAAUCUUUCAGAAGUUGUUAAUAAUAUAGUUUGGGUUCGCCAGUUGGAAUUGAAGGUAGAUGAUGCUAUCAAGAUUGCAGAGGCUCUUUUAUCUGACUUGUCAGGAUUUCGAUCUUUUCAUCGAAGUGCUGAAGAUCUCUUAGACCAGUUUAAACUAUAUGAACAAGAACAAUUUGAUGAUUGGUCCAGGGAUAUUCAAUCAGGUUUGUCUGAUUCCAGAUCUGGUUUGUGUAUUGAGGCUAAUAGUCGAAUUAUGGAAUUGGAUCCUAGUGAUGGAUCAUUAAAAGUGCAUUAUUCAGAUCGUUUGGUGAUUCUUCUGAGAGAAGUUCGUCAGCUUUCUGCACUUGGCUUUGUUAUUCCUGCCAAAAUACAGCAAGUUGCAAACAUUGCACAGAAAUUCUGCAAGCAAGCAAUUAUUCUUAAACAGGUGGCACAUUUUUAUAAUUCUAUUGAUCAACAAAUGAUUCAAAGUCAGAGGCCAAUGAUGUUACAAUCUGCCUUAGCAUUUGAACAGAUAAUUAAGAAUUCAAAAGCGGGAAGUGGAGGAAAAUCACAAAUUACUUGGGAUAAUCCUAAAGAAUUAGAAGGUUACAUCCAAAAACUCCAAAAUGCUGCUGAACGACUUGCCACUGAAAAUAGAAGACUGAGAAAAUGGCACAUGACAUUUUGUGAAAAGGUGGUUAUUCUUAUGAAUAUCGAUCUGCUUCGGCAGCAACAACGUUGGAAAGAUGGACUACAAGAAUUGAGAACUGGCUUAGCAAGUGUAGAAGCACAGGGAUUCCAAGCAAGUGACAUGCAUGCGUGGAAACAGCACUGGAAUCAUCAGCUGUACAAAGCUCUGGAGCAUCAGUAUCAGAUGGGCUUAGAAGCACUUAAUGAGAACCUGCCAGAAAUAAAUAUAGACUUAACUUACAAACAAGGACGGUUACAAUUCAGGCCUCCUUUUGAAGAAAUCCGGGCUAAAUAUUAUAGAGAAAUGAAGAGAUUCAUCAGCAUUCCAAAUCAGUUUAAGGGAGUGGGUGAGGCAGGAGAAGAAUCUAUUUUUUCUAUUAUGAUUGAUAGAAAUGCAAAUGGAUUUUUGACUAUUUUCAGCAAAGCAGAAGAUCUGUUUAGAAGAUUGUCAGCUGUUUUAGACCAACAUAAGGAAUGGAUUGUAAUUGGGCAAGUUGAUAUGGAAGCUCUAAUAGAAAAGCAUCUUUUUACUGUACAUGAUUGGGAGAAAAAUUUUAAAGCACUGAAAAUAAAAGGGAAAGAAGUAGAACGACUUCCAAGUGCUGUCAAGGUAGAUUGUUUAAAUAUUAAUUGCAGCCCUGUGAAGACUGUGAUUGAUGAUCUCAUCCAGAAGUUAUUUGAUAUGCUUGUUCUUUCUUUGAAGAAGUCCAUCCAGGCUCACUUACAUGAAAUCGAUACAUUUGUUACUGAGGCUAUGGAAGUCUUAACAAUUAUGCCCCAGUCUGUGGAAGAAAUAGGUGAUGCAAAUCUACAAUAUAGUAAGCUACAAGAACGGAAGCCAGAGAUUUUGCCCUUAUUUCAAGAAGCUGAAGAUAAAAACAAACUGUUACGAACGGUGGCUGGUGGAGGUUUAGAAACAAUUAGUAAUCUGAAAGCUAAGUGGGAUAAAUUUGAGUUGAUGAUGGAAAGUCACCAACUUAUGAUUAAAGAUCAGAUUGAAGUGAUGAAAGGAAAUGUGAAAUCACGUCUUCAGAUCUAUUAUCAAGAACUGGAAAAAUUUAAAGCUCGUUGGGACCAAUUAAAGCCUGGUGAUGAUAUUAUUGAAGCUGGCCAACAUAAUACUCUUGAUCAAAGUGCAAAGUCAAUAAAAGAAAAAAAAAUUGAGUUUGAUGAUCUGGAAGUCAUAAGAAAAAAGCUGGUUGAUGACUGCCAUCAUUUUGGACUAGAAGAGCCUAAUUUCUCUUUGGCAUAUAGCAUCUCUAAAGACAUUGAGAGCUGUGCACAAAUUUGGGCCCUUUAUGAAGAAUUUCAGCAAGGAUUUCAGGAAAUGGCCCGUGAAGAUUGGAUAACUUUUCGGACUAAGACAUAUCUAUUUGAGGAAUUUUUGAUGAAUUGGCAUGAUAGAUUAAGGAAGAUUGAAGAACAUUCAGUAAUGACAGUGAAAUUACAAUCAGAAGUUGACAAAUAUAAAAUUGUAAUUCCUAUCUUGAAAUACGUGAGAGGGGAACAUCUUUCUCCAGAUCACUGGCUGGACCUUUUUCGUCUACUUGGCCUUCCUAGGGGCACUAGUCUAGAGAAAUUGUUGUUUGGUGACUUGCUCAGAGUAGCUGAUACAAUUGUAGCCAAAGCUGCAGACCUUAAAGAUUUAAAUAGUCGGGCACAAGGUGAAGUUACAAUCAGAGAAGCUUUACGUGAACUUGAUCUUUGGGGAGUUGGAGCAGUGUUUACAUUGAUUGAUUAUGAAGACAGCCAAAAUCGAACUAUUAAGCUGAUUAAAGACUGGAAAGAUAUAGUAAAUCAGGUUGGAGAUAAUAGAUGCCUUCUUCAGUCCUUAAAGGAUUCUCCAUAUUAUAAAGGGUUUGAAGAUAAAGUGUCAAUUUGGGAAAGAAAACUUGCAGAGUUAGAUGAGUACCUACAGAAUUUAAAUCAUAUUCAGAGAAAGUGGGUAUAUUUGGAACCCAUUUUUGGCCGCGGAGCAUUACCAAAAGAACAGACACGCUUCAACAGAGUUGAUGAAGAUUUUAGGUCAAUAAUGAAUGACAUCAAGAAAGACAAUAGAGUCACAACAUUAACUACUCAUGCAGGAAUUAGAAAUUCUCUACUAACGAUACUUGAUCAACUUCAAAGAUGUCAGAAAUCAUUAAAUGAAUUUUUGGAGGAAAAACGCUCAGCAUUCCCAAGAUUUUAUUUUAUUGGUGAUGAUGACUUAUUAGAAAUAUUGGGCCAGUCUACUAACCCAUCAGUGAUUCAGUCUCACCUUAAGAAGCUAUUUGCUGGUAUUAACAGUGUGUGCUUUGAUGAGGAAUCAAAACAUAUAACUGCAAUGAAAUCUUUAGAGGGAGAAGUUGUACCUUUUAAAAAUAAAGUUCUUCUAUCAAAUAAUGUAGAGGCUUGGUUGAAUGAUUUGGCCUUGGAAAUGAAGCAAACUUUGCAACAGUUGUUGAAGGAAUGUGUUACUACUGGGCAAAGUUCUCAAGGUGCAAUUGACCCAUCUCUAUUCCCUUCACAGAUACUGUGCUUGGCAGAGCAGAUUAAAUUCACUGAAGAUGUAGAAAAUGCUAUUAAAGAUCAUAGUCUUCAUCAGAUUGAAACACAACUGGUGAACAAGUUAGAGCACUAUACUAAUGUUGAUACAAGUUCUGAAGAUCCAGGGAAUACUGAAUCAGGCAUUCUGGAGCUUAAACUUAAAGCACUAAUUCUUGACAUUAUUCAUAAUAUUGAUGUGGUGAAGCAGUUAAACCAAGUUCAAGUUCAUACAACUGAAGACUGGGCUUGGAAAAAACAACUUAGAUUCUAUAUGAAAAGUGAUCACACAUGUUAUGUUCAAAUGGUGGAUUCUGAACUUCAGUAUACUUAUGAAUAUCAGGGUAAUGCUCCCAAGCUGGUUUAUACUCCAUUAACAGAUAAGUGCUACUUAACUCUCACUCAAGCCAUGAAGAUGGGACUUGGAGGAAAUCCUUAUGGACCUGCUGGAACUGGAAAAACUGAAUCAGUAAAGGCUUUAGGUGGACUUCUUGGAAGACAAGUUUUAGUUUUUAAUUGUGAUGAGGGCAUUGAUGUGAAGUCAAUGGGACGAAUAUUUGUCGGUUUGGUGAAGUGCGGGGCAUGGGGUUGUUUUGAUGAAUUCAAUAGGCUGGAAGAAUCUGUACUGUCAGCAGUGUCUAUGCAAAUCCAGACAAUUCAAGAUGCUUUGAAGAAUCAUAGAACUGUAUGUGAACUGCUUGGCAAGGAGGUAGAAAUAAAUUCUAAUUCUGGAAUUUUUAUCACUAUGAAUCCUGCUGGAAAAGGUUAUGGAGGAAGACAAAAACUGCCUGAUAAUCUUAAACAGCUUUUCAGGCCAGUAGCUAUGUCUCGUCCAGACAAUGAGCUUAUUGCAGAAGUUAUUCUGUAUUCAGAAGGCUUUAAAGAUGCGAAAGUAUUGGGCAGAAAAUUGGUAGCUAUUUUCAAUUUAUCUAGGGAACUUUUGACACCUCAACAACAUUAUGAUUGGGGUUUGAGAGCUUUGAAGACAGUUCUAAGAGGAAGUGGAAAUCUUCUUAGACAGCUGAAGAAAAAUGGCAUUAAAGAGGAUGUUAAUGAAAGUCAUAUUGUGGUACAAGCAUUGAGGCUUAAUACAAUGUCAAAGUUUACGUUUGCUGAUUGCACCCGGUUUGAUGCACUGAUUAAAGAUGUCUUUCCUGGAAUUGACUUUAAAGAAGUAGAAUAUGCUGAACUAAGUGCUGCAUUAAAGCAAGUCUUUGAAGAGGCCAAUUAUGAAAUUAUAUCCAAUCAGAUCAAAAAGGCUUUAGAAUUGUAUGAACAAUUACGCCAGAGGAUGGGAGUUGUUAUUGUUGGUCCAAGUGGUGCUGGCAAAUCAACCCUUUGGAGAAUGUUAAGAGCAGCACUUUGUAAAAUUGGCAAAGUUGUAAAACAAUACACUAUGAAUCCCAAAGCUAUGCCUAGAUAUCAAUUAUUAGGACAUAUUGACAUGGAUACAAGAGAGUGGUCUGAUGGUGUUUUGACAAAUAGUGCUCGUCAAGUCGUUCGGGAACCUCCAGAUGUCAGCUCAUGGAUUAUCUGUGAUGGUGAUAUUGAUCCUGAGUGGAUAGAAUCUCUGAAUUCUGUUUUGGAUGAUAAUCGACUGCUAACUAUGCCCAGUGGAGAAAGAAUUCAGUUUGGCCCAAAUGUUAAUUUUGUAUUUGAAACUCAUGAUUUAAGUUGUGCCUCACCAGCCACAAUAUCUAGAAUGGGGAUGAUCUUUAUUAGUGAUGAAGAGACAGAUCUUAAUUCUUUGAUAAAAUCUUGGUUGAGGAAUCAGCCUGCUAAAUAUAGGAAUAAUCUUGAAAACUGGAUUAGAGAUUAUUUUGAAAAAGCUUUACAGUGGGUUCUAAAGCAGAAUGACUAUGUGGUAGAAACAAGUUUGGUUGGGACUGUGAUGAAUGGUUUGUCACAUCUACAUGGCUGCAAAGAUCAUGACCAAUUUAUUAUUAAUCUCAUAAGGGGACUUGGUGGAAAUCUCAACAUAAAAUCACGUUUGGAAUUCACCAAAGAGGUUUUUAACUGGGCACGAGAAUCUCCUCCAGACUUUCACAGACCAAUGGAUACCUACUAUGACUCCAGUAGAGAACGAUUAGCAUCUUAUAUGCUGAAGAAGCCAGAAAACUUGACUGCUGAUGAUUUCAGUAAUAGCCACACUCUUCCAGUCAUUCAGACUCCUGACAUGCAGCGAGGUCUAGAUUAUUUCAAACCUUGGUUGAGUUCUAAUACCAAACAACCCUUCAUUCUUGUAGGACCAGAAGGAUGUGGCAAAGGGAUGCUUCUGAGGUAUGCCUUUUCCCAACUACGGUCCACUCAAAUCGCUACAGUUCAUUGUAGUGCACAAACUACUUCUCGACAUCUCCUGCAGAAAUUGAGCCAGACUUGCAUGGUAAUCAGUACCAAUACUGGUCGUGUAUACAGACCAAAAGACUGUGAAAGACUUGUUUUGUACUUAAAAGAUAUCAAUCUACCCAAGCUUGAUAAAUGGGGGACCAGUACUUUAGUGGCUUUCCUACAACAGGUAUUGACAUAUCAAGGAUUUUAUGAUGAGAAUUUGGAAUGGGUUGGUAUAGAAAAUAUUCAAAUUGUGGCUUCUAUGUCAGCUGGAGGAAGACUGGGAAGACACAAGCUUACUACCAGAUUUACUUCUAUUGUUCGUCUUUGUGCUAUAGAUUACCCAGAAAGAGAGCAAUUGCAAACAAUAUAUGGAGCCUAUUUGGAACCAGUUCUACAUAAAAAUCUGAAAAAUCAUUCUAUUUGGGGUUCUUCAUCAAAAAUUUAUCUCUUAGCAGGAUCUAUGGUACAAGUGUAUGAGCAGGUGCGGGCCAAAUUUACAGUUGAUGAUUAUAGUCACUAUUUCUUUACUCCUUGCAUUCUUACCCAGUGGGUUCUUGGCUUAUUCAGAUAUGAUUUAGAAGGAGGGUCCUCAAAUCAUCCACUAGAUUAUGUGUUAGAAAUUGUAGCAUAUGAAGCACGGCGCUUAUUUCGUGACAAAAUCGUUGGUGCAAAGGAACUUCAUUUAUUUGACAACAUUUUAACAUCGGUGUUUCAAGGAGAUUGGGGCUCAGAUAUAUUAGACAAUAUGGCAGAUAGUUUCUAUGUUACAUGGGGAGCCCGACAUAACUCAGGAGCAAGGACUGCCUCAGGGCAACCAUUACCUCCACAUGGAAAACCACUUGGAAAACUAAACUCUGCAGAUCUCAAGGAUGUUAUUAAAAAGGGUCUUAUUCAUUAUGGACGAGAUAACCAGAAUUUAGAUAUUUUACUUUUCCAAGAAGUCCUGGAGUAUAUGUCUAGGAUAGAUAGAGUGCUGAGUUUCCCUGGAGGUUCACUUCUGUUAGCAGGACGCAGUGGUGUAGGCCGUCGGACCAUCACUUCUUUAGUCAGCCAUAUGCACAGUGCAGUGCUGUUUUCUCCAAAGAUUUCCAGAGGAUAUGAACUGAAGCAGUUCAAAAAUGAUCUCAAACAUGUGCUGCAUCUUGCAGGAAUUGAAGCACAGCAGGUAGUUUUACUUCUUGAAGAUUACCAGUUUGUACAUCCUAUAUUUUUGGAGAUGAUCAAUAGCCUUUUGUCCUCAGGUGAAGUUCCUGGACUCUAUACCCUUGAAGAAUUAGAGCCCUUGCUGUUGCCUCUUAAAAAUCAAGCUUCACAGGAUGGUUUUUUUGGACCAGUCUUCAAUUACUUCACAUAUAGAAUUCAACAAAACUUACAUAUUGUCUUGAUAAUGGAUUCUGCAAAUUUAAACUUCAUAAUAAACUGUGAGAGUAAUCCAGCUUUGCAUAAAAAAUGCCAGGUGCUGUGGAUGGAGGGUUGGUCAGAUAGCAGUAUGAAAAAAGCUGGUGUAUCCAAACUAAAUGAAGCUAAAGCUCUUGUGGAUGAACUGAACAGAAAAGCUGGAGAACAAAGUAUAUUACUUAAAACUAAGCAAGAUGAAGCAGAUGCUGCCCUUCAAGAGAUUACUGUAUCAAUGCAGGAUGCUAGUGAGCAAAAAACAGAACUUGAAAGACUAAAGCACAGAAUAGCAGAAGAAGUUGUUAAAAUUGAAGAAAGAAAAAAUAAAAUUGAUGAUGAAUUAAAAGAAGUACAGCCUCUAGUCAAUGAAGCUAAACUAGCAGUUGGAAACAUCAAGCCAGAAUCUCUUUCAGAAAUUCGCUCAUUACGCAUGCCACCUGAUAUAAUCAGAGACAUUCUUGAAGGAGUUUUAAGGUUGAUGGGUAUCUUUGAUACAUCUUGGGUGAGCAUGAAAAGUUUCCUUGCAAAAAGAGGUGUGAAAGAAGACAUAGCAACCUUUGAUGCACGAAAUAUUCCAAAGGAAAUAAGAGAGAGCGUUGAAGAACUUCUUUUCAAAAAUAAAGGAUCUUUUGAUCCAAAGAAUGCUAAGCGUGCCAGUACAGCAGCUGCACCUUUGGCUGCCUGGGUUAAAGCCAAUGUCCAGUAUUCUCAUGUCUUGGAACGAAUUCAGCCUUUGGAAACUGAACAGGCAGUACUAGAAUCAAAUUUGAAGAAAACUGAAGACAGAAAAAGGAAACUAGAGGAGCUUCUUAAUUCUGUUGGUCAAAAGGUAUCAGAACUCAAAGAGAAAUUUCAGAGCAGGACUUCAGAAGCUGCUAAACUUGAAGCUGAAGUAAGCAAAGCCCAAGAGACAAUCAGAGCUGCAGAAGUCUUAAUUAAUCAGCUUGAUAGAGAACACAAGAGAUGGAAUGCACAGGUUGCAGAGAUAACAGAGGAGUUAGCUACCCUGCCUAAAAGAGCUCAACUGGCUGCUGCAUUUAUUACAUAUCUUUCUGCUGCUCCUGAGUGUCUGAGAAAAAGCUGUUUGGAAGAAUGGACCAAGUCAGCUGGUCUUGAAAAAUUUGAUCUGAGGCGAUUUCUUUGUACUGAAAGUGAACAGUUAAUUUGGAAAAGUGAAGGCCUACCAUCAGAUGACCUUUCCAUAGAAAAUGCUCUUGUUAUAUUACAGAUCAUUGGUUUGAAAUCAUGGAGUCGAGUAUGCCCAUUUCUUAUAGACCCUUCUUCCCAAGCUACAGAAUGGUUAAAAACACAUUUGAAAGACUCACGUUUGGAAGUUAUUAAUCAGCAGGAUAGUAACUUUAUCACAGCUCUUGAGUUGGCAGUACGUUUUGGGAAAACUCUUAUUAUACAAGAGAUGGAUGGUGUAGAACCUGUUCUUUAUCCAUUACUAAGACGAGAUCUGGUUGCACAAGGACCACGUUAUGUGGUACAAAUAGGUGACAAGAUUAUUGACUACAAUGAAGAGUUCCGCCUCUUUUUGUCAACAAGAAACCCAAAUCCCUUUAUUCCACCAGAUGCAGCUUCCAUAGUUACUGAGGUUAACUUUACAACAACAAGAAGUGGAUUACAAGGGCAGCUUUUGGCUUUAACCAUUCAGCAUGAGAAACCUGAUUUAGAGGAACAGAAAACAAAACUAUUACAACAGGAAGAAGAUAAGAAAAUACAGCUAGCCAAGCUGGAGGAAUCUCUUUUAGAGACGCUUGCCACAUCUCAAGGCAACAUUUUGGAAAAUAAGGAUUUGAUUGAAUCUUUGAAUCAGACAAAAGCAAGCAGUGCACUUAUUCAAGAGUCACUUAAAGAAUCUUACAAACUCCAAAUUUCCCUCGAUAAAGAACGGGAUGCCUAUCUCCCUCUAGCUGAGAAUGCCAGCAAGAUGUACUUCAUUAUCUCUGACUUGUCCAAAAUUAAUAACAUGUACCGUUUUAGUUUGGCUGCAUUUCUCCGACUUUUCCAACGAGCUCUACAAAACAAACAGGAUUCUGAAAAUACAGAACAGAGAAUCCAGUCUCUUAUCAACUCAUUAAAACACAUGGUAUAUGAAUAUAUAUGCCGUUGUCUAUUUAAGGCUGAUCAGUUGAUGUUCGCUUUGCAUUUUGUUCGAGGCAUGCAUCCUGAACUUUUUCAAGACAAUGAAUGGGAGACAUUUACAGGUGUGGUUGUUGGAGACAUGUUGCGGAAAGCUGACUCUCAACAAAGAAUACGUGAUCAACUUCCAUCUUGGAUAGAUCAGGAGAGAAGCUGGGCGGUAGCAACAUUAAAGAUUGCUCUCCCUAGUCUUUUUCAGACCCUUUGCUUUGAAGAUGUAGCUCUGUGGCGUACUUAUUAUCAUAAUUCGAUGUGUGAGCAAGAGUUUCCAUCUGUUCUUACAAAGAAAGUUUCCUUAUUUCAGCAGGUUCUUGUAGUACAGGCUCUAAGACCGGACAGAUUGCAAAGUGCCAUGGCUCUUUUUGCAUGUAAAACUCUGGGAUUGAAAGAGUUGUCCCCACUUCCUCUAAAUCUCAAACGUUUAUACAAAGAGACACUAGAAAUUGAACCCAUCUUGAUAAUUAUUUCUCCGGGAGCUGAUCCUUCUCAGGAACUUCAAGAGCUUGCUCAUGCUGAAAGAAGUGGAGAGUGUUAUCACCAGGUUGCCAUGGGUCAAGGUCAAGCUGACUUAGCAAUUCAAAUGCUGAAAGAAUGUGCCCGAAAUGGAGACUGGCUCUGUUUGAAGAACUUACAUCUUGUGGUAUCUUGGCUACCAGUUCUGGAAAAGGAAUUGAAUACCCUUCAUCCUAAAAAUACCUUUCGUCUUUGGCUCACUGCAGAAGUUCAUCCCAACUUUACUCCUAUCUUACUACAGUCAAGUUUGAAAAUAACAUAUGAGUCACCUCCUGGUUUAAAGAAGAAUUUAAUGCGUACUUACGAGUCUUGGACUCCUGAGCAAAUUAACAGAAAAGAUAAUAUACACCGAGCUCAGGCUCUCUUCAGUUUUGCAUGGUUUCAUGCUGCAUGUCAAGAAAGAAGAAAUUAUAUUCCACAAGGCUGGACCAAAUUUUAUGAGUUUUCUCUAUCAGAUCUUCGGGCUGGGUAUAACAUUAUUGACAGACUCUUUGAUGGUACCAAAGAUGUACAGUGGGAAUUUGUGCAUGGUUUACUUGAAAAUGCUAUUUAUGGAGGACGUAUAGAUAACUAUUUUGACCUUAGAGUUCUUCAAUCAUACCUGAAACAGUUUUUUAAUUCUUCAGUAACUGAUGUAUUAAACCAAAGGAACAAGAACAUUUUUCCAUAUUCCAUAUCUCUACCAAAAUCCUGCAGCAUUUUGGACUAUCGUGCUGUCAUUGAAAAGCUUCCAGAGGAUGACAAACCCAGUUUCUUUGGUCUGCCUGCCAAUAUUGCUCGCUCCUCUCAGCGUAUGAUCAGUUCUCAGGUUAUUUCACAAUUGAGGAUCUUGGGCAGAUCAGUAACUGCUGGUUGCAAAUUUGAUAGAGAAAUCUGGUCUAAUGAACUUUCUCCUGUCCUCAAUCUCUGGAAGAAACUAAACCAGAAUUCAAACCUAAUUCAUCAGAAAGUGUCUCCUCCUAAUGAUCGACAAGGAUCUCCAUUAUUAUCGUUCAUUGUUCUUGAACAAUUUAAUGCCAUUCGUUUAGUACAAAGUGUUCAUCAGUCUCUUGCUGCUCUCAGCAAAGUCAUCAGAGGAACUACCUUACUGAGUUUAGAGGUACAAAAAUUGGCAAGUGCUUUGUUAAACCAAAAGUGUCCUCUCACAUGGCAGAGCAAGUGGGAAGGCCCAGAAGAUCCCUUACAAUACCUUAGAGGUCUUGUAGCCCGUACCCUUGCAAUACAGAACUGGGUAGAUAAAGCUGAAAAGCAGGCUCUUCUCUCUGAUACACUUGAUCUAUCAGAACUCUUCCAUCCAGACACAUUCCUUAAUGCUCUUCGCCAGGAAACUGCAAGGGCAAUGGGUCAUUCUGUGGAUAGCCUUAAAUUUGUAGCAUCAUGGAAAGGUCGACUUCAAGAAGCAAAGCUGCAAGUUAAGAUCAGUGGCUUACUGUUGGAAGGAUGCAGUUUUGAUGGAAAUCGACUUUCUGAAAAUCAGCAUGAUUCUCCUAGUGUGUCAUCAGUCCUUCCUUGUUUUAUGGGCUGGAUUCCACAGGGUGCAUAUGGCCCAUAUUCUCCUGAUGAGUGCAUCUCUUUGCCUGUUUACACGAGUGCUGAAAGGGAUCGUGUGGUAACCAAUAUCGAUGUUCCAUGUGGGGGCAACCAAGACCAGUGGAUUCAGUGUGGAGCAGCUCUAUUUCUAAAAAAUCAGUAGAAUCUCCUGACAACAAAGGCUGUCUUAGCAAAAUGAGACAUUAUUUAAGAUUUAUACAAAAUAUGUGAUCAGUCUACAUUUGAAAUGUUUGUUUAAAACAUUAGCAUAUAAUUACCCUCUGUUAUUGUUCUUAUUGGAUUUUUAAUGUAUAACUAUCUUUUAAAUAACUAAAUGGAGUUAAUGUUCAAAUGGAAUAUGCCUAUGAUAACAUUAAAUAUUUCCGUAAGGAAGUUCACUUUUUCAGUGGCUCAAAAAUUUGUUUUAGAUAAGAGGUUUAAAAUGGUGUAUUAAUAAAUAUUUUGACUAUCAUUUUUGCAUCAUAGUUAUUUAAUAUAAGAGCAUUAAUAAUUUU